AUGGCUAGUACCCGAGACUCCCAUUCGUUCGCUUGCGAUGAAUGCCGGCUGCGGAAGUCGAGAUGUUCGAAAGAGCGGCCGAUCUGCUUGCAAUGUCGACAGUUGAAUAAGGAGUGCAAGUAUAGUCCGAAGGUGACAAGAAGUCCCUUGACAAGACAACACUUGACCUAUGUUGAAGAUCGGCUGCACUCCUUUGAAACAGCUUUAAGCAGGCUAUUCCCAGGCGCAGACUUGGAUGCCACUCUGAGACUGCUUUUGCAGAACCAGGAUGCUCAGCCAAAACAACCUUCAUCCAAUUCUUCGUCAAGACACUCAACUCCGGCCAGACCCGAAGCGGAGCGUGUCGAGCCAGCACCAGAGGCUCUUCCACAGCAAGCUGAUGGGUUUGACUGGGCUGAGAAGGAGCUCGCUUUGAGUGAUGUGACAGAUGGAAUGGCCGCAUUGUCCAUCAAACCAGAAGGAACUGGCUAUUUCGGUGCAUCGUCCAGUGUCGUGCCACUAAGAGCACUACUUGACCAUGGGUUUGAUUUGAAUAUCCCAGUCCGAUCAUCAAGAUCAGGAGGCGUGCCUCUCAAGGCACAGCUUUUACAAGGUGCACCGUCCGGAUUGAUUGAACAGGCAUUGAUUGAUGCGUUCUUCCUCAACUAUCACACCAGCUACCCAUUCAUUCAUGAAUCCACCUUUCGGUCACAGUUCCAUGACCCAUCUCUACGUCCUCACGGCACAGCCUGGCAGAUCCUACUCAACACGAUCUUAGCUCUGGGGGCAUGGAGUAUUGGCGACGACAGCUCCGAUCUCGAUGUCACCUUUUAUCAAGAAGCUAGGACCUGUCUGCAAAAUGCAACUGUAUUUGAAACGGGAAACUUGACACUUGUUCAAGCACUGCUAUUGCUGAGUAACUAUGCUCAAAAGCGAAACAAGCCCAACACCGGCUGGAAUUAUCUCGGACUGGCUGUUCGAAUGGCUAUGAGCCUGGGUCUUCAUAAGGAGUUUCCAGGAUGGAAGAUUAGUCUCCUUCAACGGGAGAUUCGCCGUAGACUCUGGUGGGGCGUGUUUAUUUUCGAUAGUGGCGCCGCAAAAACCUUUGGCAGACCCAUUCUACUUCCGGAAGAAUGUGUCAUGGACGCAAAGCAGGCUUUGAAUAUUCAUGACGACGCUCUCACAUCCGCAACAACGUCAAUUCCCACAGAAUCGGCUGGACCGACUCUAUACACUGGAUUGAUUGCACAAGCUCGUUUCCAUCUUCUUACCAAUAGCGUUUACCAGCGUCUCAUUUCCAGCCCUAGUAUCACACCCGAAGAAACACUCAACCUCCAGAAACCCAUGGAGGAAUGGUAUAACAGUCUUCCAUCAUACCUCCACUACCCCCUGCAACCUCUUCUCGUACAACCAACUCAACCAGACGCAGACCGUCUCGCUCUCGUCCGCAACCGGAUUCUUUGGCGCCACUGGAACCUGCUAAUCCUGAUCUACCGACCCAUUUUACUCCGCUGGUCAGCGCGGAGGUGGGGACCUGUCUCUGACGGGUCAUCUGUCAGCUCCGAGAGCUCGAACGAAGACCCAUGUGAGACUGAAUGUCGAGUUCGCUGCUUGCAGAAUGCACGAUUGACAAUCGCUUCCAUUUCUGAGUACAUGGACCGUCACGUAUGCUCAAGAAUAGGCGCUUGGUAUAUGCUUUACUUCCUCUUCCAGGCCGGCCUGAUUCCCAUUGUCUUCCUCAUGACAGACCCUUCGAGCCCAGAGGCUCCUGGUUGGAUCGAAGAUAUCAGGACGACCAAAUGUAUUCUCGCACACCCGUCUUUCGGCAGUAAUUGUUUCGCCUCCCGUUGUUUAGAGGUCAUCAAUCGCCUUCUCGGUCCACCUGCCGGGUCUGUUAUAUCUGGCCUCCCGGCUGAGGACCAACCCCAGCCAUUUUACCAGCCGCCUGUUCAGGGAUUCGUGUCAUUCCAAGAACAGCUGUUCAACGAUACUGGGUUUGGGGCUGGUUUGUUCCCUGAGCAGCAAAUACCAACACCGGGCGCCAUGGACUUUUCCGAGUGGGUGAACUUCCCACCUCCAGGCUGA